AUGCAGCUCGCACGUGGCGUUGCGGUCGUCGUACUGAGGCAGCUACAGGCUGUGGCUCUGACCGGCGGACGCGCAGCGGAGACGCCCCGGGACGAUUUGGCGCUGCAGGUGGCUGCGCUGGUGCUCCUGCUCGGGCUCUCGGCCCUCUUCGCUGGAUUGGGCCUCGGGCUCAUGUCGCUCGACCUCAUUGGACUCGAAAUCGUCGUCGCAGCGGGCGAAGACGCGCGCGCGACGGCACUGGAGCGCCUCAACAGCGACGCGGCCAAGCGCGUGAUCCCCUUGCGGCGGGAGGGCAACUUGCUGCUCACGACGCUGCUCUUGGGCAACGUGGCGGUCAAUGUGCUCACGUCGAUCGUCACGGCUGAUCUUACGAGCGGUCUCUUUGGCUUUCUCGCGUCGACGGCAUUGAUAUUGAUCUUCGGAGAGAUUAUCCCGCAGGCGCUCUGCUCGAGAUACGCGCUAGUGAUUGGUGGCAAAGUCGUGCCGUUCGUCCGCGUCUUGAUCGCGCUGUUCUACGUGUUUGCAAAGCCCGUGAGCAUGGCGCUCGACGCGACGCUGGGAGAAGAUAUUGGCACAGUGUUUACCAAACGACAGCUGGCCGAGAUCAUCGACAUGCACGAGAAGCAGCAGAUGAUUGACGAAGACGAGGGCAGCAUCAUUCGUGGCGCCAUGAGUUUCGGGAACAAGACGGCGCAGAGCAUCAUGACUCCAUUUGACAGGGUCUUUAUGGCUCCUGCUUCGGCGGUUUUGGACCGAGUGCUCGUUCACAGGAUCCUCGCAAGUGGGUUUUCCCGUGUCCUGAUCCACAACACGUCGGUGAACGACAUUGUUGGGACCAUCCACGUAAAAGACCUCAUCUUCGUGGAUACAAAGGAAAACACGCGCUUGUCGAGCUUCUUCCAGAUCUUCGGCCGGUCUGCGCGCUCCGUCGAUCCCGACUGCAGGCUGAGCGCGUUGCUGCACAUGUUCAAGUCAGAGAGUGCCCACCUGGUGCUUGUCAAGCAGCCACAGACGACGAACCCGAAGGCCGACAUGCAUCGACUGCUGGGCAUCGUGACCCUCGAAGACGUCUUGGAGGAGAUCCUACAGGCUGAGAUCUUGGACGAGCAAGACGUGUACGACUGCAGCCGCCACGAUUCGCAGCGCAAAGUGUUUUCGCUGCGGCAGUUUAACAAGUGCGGACGUCUGGGCAUUGACGACCUGUGCCAAGCGGACGAUCCGUCCGAAGACGAGCUCGCGGCCGGGCUCGUAGAAGACGUACCGGUCGACUCGGACACGAGUGGCUAA